UUUUUCACCAUCGCGCCGUCCGUCGGUUUUUGCUCCGAGAGAGAAGCCGCCAAUAGAACGAGGAAGAAACCCAGGCAACUCUUCACAAACAUCCUCCCAAGCCACCACACUUUCGACCCGACCAAAAUCUUACCUUCCGGCGGGAGCUGCCAGAAAAAAAAAGGAAGGAUAACAAGAAAACUUAAUCUUUCCUCAGAAUUACUGAGACGGUCUUUUGCUUUCGCUUGCCCGUCCGUUACCCAGCUUUCUCUCAAAUCCUAAAUUAUCUCUCCUACUGUCAACUGAUUACCUGAAGAAACCUCCUCAAGACAGACCGGAACGUCAGCGCGCCAUUGACGUUGACUGCUGAAGCGCCGGUUUCAAAGCAAGCUCCCGUUCCCUGAAUCUAGCCGGAAACCUUUGGUGAUUCUCCGCCAGCCCGAUAGCCCGACCAAACGAUUCCCUCAUUCGUCCUCUCCCCGCCCUAUAUAUAAAUAUCAGCCCGUCUGCCGGCAUCAUCCAUUCGAGCUCAUCUUCACCCGCUUGGCGCUUGAUAGACCCACACACCUUUGAUUUUCAACUUGGGACUGUUUCAUACCUCAAUCGCACACAUACUACUCGAACGAUUGCCCCUACCGCGAAAAAAAAUUCGCGGAUUGAUCCCGUAGCCUGAUUCCUACUCAGGAUUUGACCAACACUUCUUGUUGUGUCUUUUUUGGGUAUCCGUUGAAUAGAAGUAGAGCAUCAAUCGCACCCGGUGCAACAAACCAAUCCCCGAUUUAGUAUUUUAUUUUGAGAUUUGUUUUUGGGAAGCAGUAUGUCUACUACUGACGAGCCCAUCGACAAUCUUGAUCCCGAUUCAUCCUCGAGACCAUCCGGCCCUACGCCAGGCCAAGCAGACAUCAGCUUUUUAGGAUUGGACGGAUCACUGCCCUCAAUUCGCUCGGCUUCUUUAAUCCUUCAAGCCCUCAUUCCGCUGCUUAUAUCGUUGGUUCUGCUCUUGGGAGGUCGUCGAUUGUACAGAUUCACCACUACUGUUUCAGUGGGCCUCACGAGUGCUCUAUUCACUUGGGCCCUUUGUGUCAACCUAGAAUAUGGCCAGUCGAUUGGCGGUUGGACAGGGGAAGUGGCAGCGUUGACUGUUUGGUCAGUCAUGAUAGGUGGAGGACUUGUUGGCGCCAUCAUUGGAUAUCAGUACACCUGGUGGGGCGCUCAUGUGACGGGACGAAUGUGCCUGGGAGCCAACUCGGGCGUCGGCUUUGCCUUUUCGAUUCUGCUAUUCAAAGCCGGCCUGCUCAUUCACACUCCAGCCGGCCAAUGGUCCUUAGUGGCCGCCUUCGCUAUCAUCGGAGUCCUCGCUGUCCUUUGCGAUCACGUCAUCGGGCCACUCUUGGCCGUCUCGUUAUCCGGAAGCUUCCUGUUCCUUCUCGCAGUCGAUCUGUUCGCCACACUGGGAAUUGGAGGCGUGGCUUCUGGUCUACGCCUACUAAUCGAUCAUAACCCUGAUCACCAAAUGCUUUUGACUCCGUACACUCCAUCGAAAUCGACAGAGAUAUUGAUCAUUGUGUCUUGGGUGAUUGCGGCGAUGUCCUUCGGGUUGCAAUAUUUCUUUUAUGAUACUCCCUUCGGACCUGUACCGCCGACUGAAGUGCACGAUGAGGAGGAACGUCUGGGCUUUGGGGCCGGCAAGUCAAAAGAGUCCUUUUCUCAGGGAAGCUCUGACGAUGCGAAAAAGGAAGUCAUCAAACCUGAAGUCAGUUCACACCCAACCGAACAGCAUCAGACUAUCAAUAUCAGUAACCCUCGUCCUUCGAAUGUUGUUUCCAUUGGGACUAAGACCUCUGCCACUUUGGUUGAUUCCAAUCGCGCAGCGGAAAUGCAAGAGCCGUCCAACCUUCCUUAUGUCGCGCCGCGAGCAGGUCCAGUGGUAGCUGGAGAGUACGGCUCAGCACCAGCACUCGCCCUAUCUCCUACUGUCUACUCGCGUUACAGACGUACACUAGAUACUGAACACAAGCCUCCGGGUCGUUCACCCAUCCAGUACAACGUCAGCUCCCUAAACACCUUUACCAAUCCAAGACGAGUGGAGACCGUGGAUGAAGUCACAGAAACUUCUACCAGUGUUCGCGGUGGAGAUCUCACGGCACGUUCUUCGAUGCUCACCAUCGGCGGGAUUUCAGACAAAAGGGUGAGGAGUAACAGCAUGAGCGAGGAAUACCUGCAGGCAAUGAUGCGUCUCGCAGCCGGAGAAGGUGCCGAUAACCAAGCCAAGCGCGGUGAUCCGAAGCAAGGAGCUUCGGGAACAGUACCAUCAAUGUCGGCCAGUACGUCUCAAGAGAACCAAGCAGCGGCAGUCCAGGAUCCCCAAUCUGCGAACCUUCUUCCAAUCACAGAACCUGAGGUCUUAGCCGGUCAUUCGUCUCCUGAAGUUGGUCAAGCUAAACCGUCCAUCGAGCUAUCCCCUCCAGAAGUAGUUAUCGCCACAAGCUCAGCUCCGAUUUCUUCACCCGCGAUCCCCGCCUCGACGACUGAUGCAACGAAAUCAACACCGGUUGUUUGUCAGACUGAAACCCCAACAGCUGAAAGUGCCAAUCCACCGGUGUCCCCUAACAACCAAGAACAGCCAAACAUUGAGCCCAACAAGACCUCCAGACCAUUAUCCAAGUGGCCGUCGUGUUCUAGCUUUGGUCAUGUAAUUUUGAAAAGCAGUCGUGGAAGUGAAGACGCCGAGAAAGAGGAUGGACGCAAUGUUGCACCUCGUACUGCUAGAGCCCGGCGCCCAGGACUUUCACCGGCCGAAUUUUCGCGAUCUGAUUCCAACUCUCGAACCAGUCGGGAACUCGGUGCAGAGGCGCAGGCUGGUUCGCUAGACUCGCGCUCUCAAGAGAGAAAUGGCGAGCCAGCUUCGAGUGAACAGCUAGCACCAACUUCGGAGAAUGGCUCGGCGAUUAUCAUGAGAAGAUAUAGCCAUCGCCCACUCCCACUUCUUCCGCGAGCAAAUGAAAGGAGAAGCACUCAAGAUGAUCAGAGAAUGCUCAGUUCUUCUCCGCCUGGGAACCAAUUCAGGGAUACCGGCAGCCUCAACAGCGCUACUUCCAACGUGUCAUCGGCAUUAGACAGCUUUACCCGGGUUGACCGAGAUAGUAGUGUGCCUACCACUCCCUCCUGGUCUGGUAACAUCCUCAAAGAUGACCGAAAAGAGGAGGUCGCUUCUUCGAGUGGGGCGUCUUCCCGGAAGAAGCUUUCGAUAAUUGUGACGAAGAAUCCAGUCCAGGUUGAGAGAGGAUCAAUGAGCAGUCCGACCAGCCAAGAAGCCGAGAGAGACAACUAUUCGGACUUGUCAAAUUCUGCCGUACCUCAUACACCCACCCUGGGUAACAUGCUCCUUCGUGUCGCCGACAAUACCGCGAGAGCUCGUCGCCAGGCCAACAACUCGAACCAGGAAUCCCUAGAUAACCAACAAGCUAUGCCAAGCGAACAUUCAAGGGAUGAUGAUGGGGACGGGGAGACGGUGAGAAGUGAGGCCUCGAGAAGAUCGACAGUCUGUAUGAGUUCUGCUUAUGGUCAUACUGAUACGAGCGCGGAUGAAGGCGGUCGAUCGUCUUCGGAAUCUGAAUAUGAGGAUGAGGAGCAGAGCCAAGAGAUGUAUUUCAAUCCGGGCAGGUUUCAGCAAUUGGACCAAGCGAUGGGGGAAUGGGGCAAGAUGGUUGGAGAGCCAGUCAGCAGUGACGCGGAAACUGAGGGGAAAGGAGGGGGUAGAUCCCAGGAGCCAUCGCCGAGUCUCCAGUCGAUCCCUUUACCUUCUAGAGAGAGCUCAUCGUACAUGACUCAAUCCUCAAGCCGGACAACCUUGAUGGGGCCGACGCCGUUUGUGGGUCAGCCGCUGGCCGAGGUCCCGUGGCCACAGAAGAGACCCAACCAGCCCAUCGAAAAGAGUGCUCAAGAGAAGGAGAAACGCUGGACGAGCGCAUCAUCCAUCUUCCCGCCCUGGUCCUACGAAUCAUCCGCCGAAACGCCUCGGCCAGGCGGCUCAGCCAACGAGACCGACGCGCACAGUUCGUCGGAGUCCGGCACCAACCAGCCAGGAUCCAGCAAACUCAACAGAGCCACCAACGGCAGCGUGACGAGCUGCGAGGAGGAUGCUAAUAGAACCCGCGGGAUGUUUUGCAGUGCUUCCUCUCACGUUGCCGAUGAUUACGAUGUCAGCAGCGUCAGUCAUGUCGAUGAGACCGAUGCCGAAGACCCAUAUGAAUCUGCGGCGGAUUAUAGUAGAAGUCUCAGAGCUUCUCUUGCAGGUGCUCCUGAUGGUGGUUAUAUGACUGCAGAUGAUUAGAACAGUCAUUAUCAUAUUUGAUUGAUAUUUUGAACCUUUUUUUCCCAUCUCUCUUCUUACCAAGAAAAAAAAACACUCUCAGUAAUUUAUCCGUCUUAUGUGAUCUUCUCAUUAUAUAUAUAUAUUUUUUUUCCUAUAUGCCUGAAAACUCUCUACCCUAACAAUAUAAGUAUGUCUUGAGCCCCUAAUCAGUAGUAUGCCCUUUGAUCCGGCGAUCAAACUAAUAUCAAUUGCAAUCUAAAAGAUUA